AAUGAAAGUGAAAGAAAGAGACAAGCAAAUAACAACCAAAUGCUUAAACAAGCAAAAAAGAGAGAGGAAGGGGGGUAAGAAAAACAACACAAAAAAUUGUGAAAGCAUCAGUUCGGUCAGACGGAUGCGCUCAAAAAAUAGAAAAGAGAAUUGGCGUAAACAACAACCAGUCAGUCUUGUGGUGAAAGAAAAGGGGAAGGAAAGUGAGGGCUUCCCCUUACAGAGAGGACUUUGGUGUCUCAAUAUAGGGGCCAGACAAAAACAACCUUAUAUUUAUAAGAGUGCAUGGGUCGGGGUAACUAACGAAAGAGGAUUGAAAAAAGGGAAAAAAAUAAAGUGA